GACACUGCUGAAACCACGGUCGGAUCUUCUUUCAAUAGGUAGUCGCGAGAGAUGCUGAAGAAAUCGCUCGUUUCGCGUUACGUUGUCGACGACAUUAAUGAAGAGAGAGAAAGAGGAGAGGAAGUGAGAAAGGGAGACGACUAGAAAUUUUCCCGAUGAAAACGCUAUCUUGUAAAGCGCGAGUUGAGAUAAUAAUUAAUGAACGAUUAGUGCACGCGAUUAUCAAUUAUGAUACAUAGUUAUGUACAUAUAUAAUUAUUCGGAUAAUUUUCAGAGAGUGCGUGUUUUCUCAGUUAAAGGUGCAUUGAACGUGUGUAUCUUUGAAUGAAAAUUUAUUGAUGAAUUAACGAUGAUGAUGAUGAAAAUAAUUUGUUAGUGCGCAAAGUGUUGUUUUUCCGCAAACUUUUAAUUAAGUUCAAAAUGUCAACGAAUUGUGAUUACAGUGUAGACCAAAUUGAAAAUUUCAUCACAUGGAUUACGAAUCCACACGUGAAUUGUGUGUAUCUUUCAUCGCAACAAUUGGUAUAAUAAUAAUUGAUACUGAUAUUGUCAACGAAGAUGCAACCGCAACACGAACAACGACGCGAAAUUACCGCUGAUUGCUGUUACCAGCAAUGGCAGACGCAUCAUCAUCAUCAUCAUCACCAUCACCAGCAUCCACAUUUGACUGCUAUACCAUCACCGAUGCAACAAAUGGAAGCCUGUUUGCAGAGCGCCGGAAGAGUAAAACGAUCGCGCAGUCCGAAUCCAAUGAAGGUCGCCUUGCCGGUCCAAACGGCGAACCCAAUCUCUCCGUCAGCCACAGAAUCUCGCAAUGACAGCAAUAACAACAAUCGUCACCACGGUGAUCAUCAUCCGAGCGAUGACGGUGCAUCCUCCGUCGAGGAAUUAGGUGCGAAACGGCCGCUUCAUCCGGCGCUAGUUGGCGCCGGUGCAGCUUUGGAGGCAAAGCCACUAUGGGAGGAAUUUCAUCAACUAGGCACCGAGAUGAUUGUUACGAAAGCAGGACGAAGAAUGUUUCCCACGUUUCAGUGUCGACUGUUCGGUUUGGAUCCCAACACGGAAUAUCUGAUGGUGAUGGAUUUCGUUCCGUGUGAUGAUAAAAGGUACCGAUAUGCGUUCCACAGCAGCGCUUGGGUUGUCGCGGGUCGUGCUGAUCCUGUAUCACCCCCCAGGAUUCACGUGCAUCCUGACAGUCCUGCAAGCGGCGCUCACUGGAUGAAGCAACCAAUCUCCUUCGACAAAUUAAAAUUGACGAACAAUCAACUUGAUGAUAACGGACAUAUUAUCUUGAACUCGAUGCAUCGUUAUCAGCCGCGCUGCCACGUGGUAGUCGCACCCUCGCCGCCCGGUUCAGCACCGGAUCCUCGCACGGAAAAUUUCAAGACGUUCUCCUUUCCGGAGACCAGGUUCACCGCGGUGACCGCAUACCAGAAUCACCGGAUAACCCAGCUGAAGAUCGCCAGCAAUCCGUUCGCCAAGGGCUUUCGGGACUGCGAAUCCGACGAGUGCGAGUCUGUUGCUGUAGCCGGUGGGAUGCAGAGUCCGGCCAAGAGGCCGGCCACGGCGGCCGGAAAUGUCGCUGGUCCUGCCGUCCUGUCGUCCAGUUACAACGCGAUGCCAGCACCGAUGCAAAUUCCAGUGGGUAUCAGCACCGGGACCUCCCAAGAGCAUCAUCAGUUUUACGGUGCGACGAGUGCCUCUGGUCCUUGGACGCAUUAUCCGAGUCAUCAUGGACAACCGUCGGCGCACGUCAACGCGGUUCAUUAUCCGACGCAUAUGCAACCGCAUCCACAUCAUUCAGGAGCUUCUCUUUACGGACCACGAUAACUGAUCAUUAUUGUAUCACAUUGUUACUUCUCAUCGAUUUCUACAUCGGCAACUUGAUGUUCGAAGAAAAGUGAUGAAGAUUAAAACAUACUUUUAUAUCGUUCGUUAUGUUAUUUUUCGUGGACAAUGUGAUAACCAAACUCAUUGAUUGAGAACUCAAUGUAUAUUGAAGGAACAGUGGGAAUGAAAUAUAUCUUCGUGUAUCCUGGUGCCUUUCCUUAUAGGUCGCGACAAUCAAUCAUUGUGUAACUUCUUAUCGCUGAAGAUUUAAUAUGUUCUAAAGAUAAAGAAUGGAGUUUCAGUGUCUUUCUCAAGGCUUCCUUUGUGGAUCGUGAAAAUUGGCGAUUGUUAAUAUGAUUUCUCUUUUUUAUAUAUAGAAAUUUGCGUCUAUUUUGGAUGGAAAAAUGUGAUCUUUCGUGAAAAAACUAUAUUUUCCUAGUGCCUUCUUAAUGUUUAGAAACAAAGUGGAAUAUCAAAGUAUUUGCACAUUAUUCUCGUCCUGAUUCUUUUUUCGAACAUGAGAAUCGCUUUACGUGAAGUUAUGUA